AUGAGUGGUCGCGGUAAAACCACUGGCAAGGCCAGAGCUAAGGCCAAGACCCGCUCCUCCCGUGCUGGGCUUCAGUUCCCAGUCGGUCGAGUUCACAGGCUGCUGCGCAAAGGAAAUUAUGCGGAGCGUGUCGGCGCCGGCGCCCCCGUCUACCUGGCGGCUGUGCUGGAGUACCUGACCGCUGAGAUCCUCGAGCUGGCCGGAAACGCUGCCCGCGACAACAAGAAGACCCGUAUCAUCCCUCGUCACUUGCAGCUGGCUGUCCGCAACGACGAGGAGCUCAACAAGCUGUUGGGAGGAGUCACCAUCGCUCAGGGCGGCGUGCUGCCCAACAUCCAGGCUGUCCUGCUGCCCAAGAAGACCGAGAAGCCCGCCAAGAAGUAAACCAAGAUACGUCAUCUCUGCUGAUAAAAACCCCUGAAAGGCUCUUUUAAGAGCCACACACCUCAUCUCAUAAAGAGCAGUGUUUCUAAUGUGCAUCUACCGCACUCAUGGGGAAAAUUGACCAUAUAAUUGAAUAUAGUAGGUCUAUAACUUGUUAUUGACUUUGUUAAUAACAGAAAAGUUAUUAAGUAAUCCUUUUAGAGCC